UAUUACACUUUUUAGCCAUCAAUGCAAAAUAAUGACGAAGAAAAGGAUGACGUAGAAAACAUCCAUCCGGACAGUAAAUAUGAUAAUUGGACCAUCAGAAGUUAUGACGUGAAGACAAAGUAUGAAGAUAUUCCCCAGUGGAUGAAAAUGUAUGCUGAGUCAUCUACUGAUACUCAUGAGUUCUUCAAGUUUGAUAAAUUCGAGUACAAAGAAUUGGAUGACUGGCAGAAAAUGUUACUGAAACUUUACAGAGAGGAUCUAAGAAAAGUAAUACGCUACUAUGAGGAUUACAGAGCCUCCCUGCUGCGAGAGAUAAUAGAGAGGACAAAGAGAGAAGGAGAGCAGGUCUCCCCUGAUGUGGAGCUUUCUGACAGACACACUGUUUGUAAUGAUCAGACGGAGAAACCAACAGUAUCACUGGAAGACAAACACCAACUAAAAACUCUGAUGUCCCUGGACAAUCACCUUCCCAUCGACAACAAGUUAUCACCGGACAGGUUGUCUAUUGCGAAACUAUCACCCCGGAGGCUGUCACCUGUGGGAAUGAAAAUGUCUACUGGUGACCCGAUGUCACCAAGCAACACCUUGUCACCUAGCGACACCGUGUCACCUAGCGACACGCUCUACGCUGGCAACAAUUUACCUGGUCUUGCACCCUCUCCCAGUUCUGUGAAGUUUAAAAGAUUUGGACAAAGAAAAGUUUCGACUACAGCUAGAUCACAUAACCCUGAGGACAUGUUGAAAGCGGUAGAAGAUUACCAAACUCGGCGACAAUCUGAUGAAAGUCAUGAAACACCCCAGAGCAAAGAACCAGAGAUCACUACCUCGACAGGCCCCACUCCAACCACCCCCAACCUUGAUACAAAAUCAAACAGUUUUCUUGCCUUCAAUUCUCCUAAAUCCCCUCUCGAACUAGAUGGCAGUUUUUCAGAAGUUAAAAGUAACGGUUCAACAGGAAGUUUUGGAUUCCUCGGAGCUUCCGAGGAAUCUAUCAAAGAAUUUGAAUCUCCCAAACUAGAACGAAGAGGAAGAGGACGACGGAAACCACGGGGGAAGUUACAUUCUAGCUUGUUUAACACUGAAAACAUCGAUCAGAACAACAGACCAAACGACUUUCCCUCUCCCCAGCAUAUCAGGUCAGCCAGUUCACGUCACUCUACAGCGUACAGUACAGAUUUCCCGUCGCCCUUGUUGAUGAGAAGUUCUAGUGAUAGACCAGCAAACAGGCACAGUGUCCAUAACUCCAUACUGCGUGGCGUGCAGCACCGUGAAUCGAGCGUGAGCUCGUGUAACACGCUAGGUAGUGACGACAGCGUCCUAUCACGUGACUCCAGGACACGGAGCUCCAGCAGGAUCAUCACGUCCCCCAAGUUGAAAGUAAAGUCGGAGCCGGGCUCCAAUAAUGUCACUGUAAUACCAGUUUCAGACAGAAAGGAAAAGAAGCUCCCCAAGUUUUUAUCUCGAGCUGCGUCCUUCGGUCGAAAAGAUAAAAACAAAGUGAAGAUCCGAGGUACAGGAGAAUACAGGAGUUUCAGGAAAACGUCGAGUACCACUGAUCCCCGGCUGUCUCGUAAAGAUGCCUUUUUAACAGCGAAGGGGGAAGUUCUUCCAAAGGAAACUUCCGUUUAGAUGUACAUAGUAGAUAUACCUCAUCCUGCACAAGAAAUUGCUAGAUGAACUUAUUUGCAUGUCAUAUUAUUUCAUGAGAUGCAUGGCAUAUUAUCAAGAUCUUACCGAUGAUGGUAUUUGGUAAACUGAUAAUAAGCAGAAAUUUACCCUUUAUCGUUUAUGUUCUUAAGAUUAUUGUAUGAUUAGAGUCUAUAAGAAUCGCAUUAUUAACAAUUGAGUGAUUUUCAGUUAUGAUUUGCUUGGUUGAAAAGCAUGGUUUUGAUUUUAUUUGGUCAGACAGUUUUUAGAUGCUGUACGGUUUAAGACUUUCUUUGAAAUGUGUGUCGAAAUUGAUUGCGAAGUUUUAAUCUGUACAUAAUAUGAAGUGUAAAAAGUUUUAUAAUUUAUCGUUGUUAUAUAAA